AUGGUCCUAAGAGAAUCUCUACAAGCUGAAGCUGCCCGAUAUGCUGAAAAGUAUGCAGAAAAGACCGGAACUACUAUUGUUGGGGUUAAAGGUAAAGAUUAUGUUGUUUUAGCGGCUGAUACGCGUUCUACUAAUGGUCCUAUUGUUGCUAACAAGAACUGUUCUAAGAUUCACAGAAUUGCAGAUAAUAUCUUCUGUUGUGGAGCUGGAACUGCAGCUGAUACGCGUUUUACUACUAAAAUGGCUGAGUGUUCAAUGUAUCGUUAUGCUUUGAAGUAUGAUAAGGUACCUCUUUUGAGCUACUGCAUUAAUAUCUUGAAGAGACACUUGUUUAGGUACCAGGGAUAUGUGCAGGCUGCUUUGAUUAUAGGUGGAGUAGAUGAGACAGGUCCAGUACUUUGUGGUAUUCAUCCACACGGUAGUAUAGAUAACUUACCCUAUACGGCCUUGGGAUCGGGUAGUUAUGCGGCUAUUGGUAUGUUGGAGAGUCAGUGGAAAGAAGAUAUGAGUGUGGAUGAAGCUAUUGCCUUGGCCUGUAGUGGGAUUGAAGCUGGAAUUCAAAAUGAUCUUUACUCUGGAUCUAAUAUUGAUCUUUGUGUUAUCAAAACUGACCAAGAAAAGGUCUUCAUAACUGAGUACCACCGGCCUUAUAAGGUUGUGGGUAAGAAGGAAGAGAAAAAUGCCCAGUACAGGUACCCUCGUGCUAGUGUACUUGUUAAGAAGGAGGAAAUCAUUAAUCUCGUUGAUAUUCGAGAUGCCCUCAAUCCAACUCAAUAA